UCAUGCUGCUGCCAGGUCCAGAGUCUCUCAUGGGUCCCUGUACGGUCCUGCCAUUGCUGCUGCCUCCAUCGCCACACUCUGCCAUGUGCCACUUUCAGGUCUCCUCACACUGCUGGUGUGUUCCAUUUUGUCAUAGGGUGCUGGCAGAUUACGGGCCUCCCAUUGCUGCUGCCAGGCCCGUAAUCUGCCAUGGGCCCCCGUACCGCCUCCUCAUGCUGCUGCCAGGUCCAGAGUCUCUCAUGGGUCCCUGUACGGCCUCCCAUUGCUGCUGCCUCCAUCGCCACAAUCUGCCAUGUGCCACUUUCAGGUCUCCUCACACUGCUGGUGUGUUCCAUUUUGUC